AUUCGAUAAGAGGAGCCUUAGCCCACUAGGAUGAAAACACACCAAGGUGAUUGGGGGUCAUGUAUAAAUUUAUAUAGGAUGAACAGGGAGUGAAAAGCACUGAGACUGUCAUUCAUCGCUAAAGAAGCUCGUGCUCACUUUUUAAAAUAGUAGCUCUCAUUCUAGCCGGAAGAAACAGCCCGAUACUCAUAUAUCUCACGCCACGAGCCAUAGAAUAAAUGCCAGACUCAACAAUCCUUGACCUUUGUAACUACCCAUUCAACCAACUCAUAUGCAACCACGUCAUUCCUUGCACUCGCACUCAUCUUGCGUCCAAAAGUUACAUACAAUUUACUCCGCAUCCGAAAAUCCUCGAUCACUGGGUCGCCGACGUCUUCAAAUUGCACGAGCCGCGUUCCGAGAUCUGGAUAACCCUUUUUGUAAAGCGUGGUGUUGAUGACGUCCAAGGAGCCUUGGAAUGCGCCUUCGUUGGCCCAGAUAUCUGCAUUGAUAGCGACCUUGCUACCAUGCGUUCCUCAGACUGUUCAUCCACCGCGUGUGCGGCAUCAGGGACGACAGAAGGAUGUCUAUCCAUUCAUGGCAUAACCCACCUCAUUCUUUGUAUUGCACAGAACGGGGAAACCUGUAUUGUGACAUUCAAUAUCAACCAUGUCUGUUAUAGUACUGCUUCUGAUUCCGACAAUAAAUGAAUUUAGGUCAUAGAAAAUCCGGCGUCCCUCUCAUAGAUUUACCGGCUGCCAGCCAAAUGGCCAUUGCAUUGCUUGGUGGAUGGUGCUGGAGCCAUACGCCAUUUUGCUCACUCAUAGAAACCAUUGAAAGCUUGCUGUGGGUUAUGGUUUGCUCCUGGCAGAGGGGUUCUUUGUAAAUUAUGAGUCGAAUAUUUGUUCAAGACGGACUAACAAUCCUGUCGGCCCAGUAAGGGCCGUUUG